ACCUGCUUGUUUGUCUAUGUAUUUGUCUUGGUGCGCCGCGAGAAGUGUAUCACGAUUUUUGUAAGUGUUUUUUGAUUUUUUUAUAUUUGAAUAAUAUGUCUGAAGCUGGAAAUUUGAAAAGCAACAAAUGUUGUGUGCCGAACUGUGAUGAUAGAACCAGUAAACGUCAUCGGUUUCCUAGAGCAGAUAAGCAACUAGAUAUUUUCGAACUUUGGGUUGAAAAAGUUGGUAAUCCAUUGUUGAGGACUAAAACUGCGGAACAAAUACGCAAAUCCUAUUUUGUCUGUGAUAGGCAUUUCACAGAUGAAGUAAAAGUAAACAGCAGAAAGGGUAUUUGGGAAUCUGCUGUACCUGCUUUAUUUCUUCCUGCUGGAAAUUUGAAAAGCAACAAAUGUUGUGUGCCGAACUGUGAUGAUAGAACCAGUAAACGUCAUCGGUUUCCUAGAGCAGAUAAGCAACCAGAUAUUUUCGAACUUUGGGUUGAAAAAGUUGGUAAUCCAUUGUUGAGGACUAAAACUGCGGAACAAAUACGCAAAUCCUAUUUUGUCUGUGAUAGGCAUUUCACAGAUGAAGUAAAAGUAAACAGCAAAAAGGGUAUUUGGGAAUCUGCUGUACCUGCUUUAUUUCUUCCUGAAUCUUCAGAGCAAUCUCAGGAAGCUGAGUCGUGCAAGAAACCAAGGCGAUAACUUAAAAGGUCAAGGCAUGGAAGGAGAAAGGAGGGAUAGAUGGGGGACUGCUCUCUAAAUGGAAAUACCUACAUAUCUUAGGUUAAACCAAGAUGAGGAACACCUCAAUAGGCCUUGAAUGAUGUAAUAGAGACAGAGAAUAUCAAAAGAGGGAAGGGUCUGAGACAGCCCAGACUGAUGACUACAAAAAGGAUAUAGGGAGGAAAAAUUCAAUGAUGUUUCGCUAAAUGCAAGGAAAUUGUAAAUUUCUUUUUUACACUGUGAUAUACCUAUAUAAAUAUAUAUAUAUACAUAUAUA